UUUCGUACUACUGCUAGUGUUCAUGUAUGGCAUAAAACCAAUGAAAAAUACAAUCAUGAUUGUAUUGCAGGAACAGUUUCAAAAAAAAAAACUAAAAUGAAUAUGCAAUUUCACCAUUUAAAUCAAAUGUUUUUACAUCAAAAUGGAUUAUUCCAACAAGACAAUGCCCUAGUGCAUAAGGCAAAAGUUGUACAGGCUGAACUUAUCAAAGCAAAUGUUGAGAUACUUUCUUGGCCAUCUAGGAGCCCAGGCUUAAAUCCAAUGAAAAAUGUCUGA